AUGGAUUAAGUGGAGAUGAUAUAUGAAGAAGAGCAAUCUCCUUUACAUAUCAAGCGAGAACUGGACAUCAACAUACCAUAUCGAGUUUCUUUUCCCUCUUGCAACAACCAAUAACAAAAGGACACUCCCAAAACUGCCAUAAGGAAUAUUGAACAUUUAGAACCUGAAGAGCAAGAGAUUCCAACAGAAACUACUCCAAAGACUUAAAUAGAUGUUUCAUCUCCUAGAGUCCCAUUCUUAACGCAUUCUUAAAUUAUGGGUAUGAAUCAAGAUGAUGAUGACAUGCUCUAUUCCAAGUCAGUCUUUAACAAUCCCCUUUCAGAAAUACCAGAAGAAUAAACACCAAGUCAAUUGUAAAAUCUGUCCAAACCCUCAAGUUAAGAUUUUAAUUUAGACAAUAUGAGUAUGGUCAAUAGUUAGUAAUUAAAGUUCAGUAAGAAGUACUUGGAAAAAGACUUGAUAGCUCGUCUAGAACUUGAGAACAGCAGAUUGAAAGAAGAAUACAAGGAAUAAAUUGCUGUCAUGGAUGUUAAAACCAAGGAGUUGGAAAAAGAGAAUUUCAUACUUAAGAAGAAAUGUAAUCAAGAAAAAGUCAAAUAAAUUGAAAUCCAAUUGGAAACUGAAUAUAAAAUUACAACACUGAAUGAAUAAUUGUAUGAUUAAGAGGAGUUUUAUAAGAAAUAAUUAGUCUCAUUAAAGAACGAUCUAAAUAAUGCAAAAUUCUAAAUUACAAUGCUAAAAUCUCAGUCACAACCACAAGAUUAAAUAUAACAUCAAUCAUUGUUAACCAAAUCUUAAAUUACCUUUUAACAGCCAUACAUCAAUCAACAACAAUCAAUUAAACAGCCUUAUCAUGUAUCGUUAUCUUAAUCAUUCACUGAAAUGAAUGUAAAAAAUCAAAAAGAAGUUUAUUUAACUUAAACCUAAUACGAAAGUGUUCAAUAUAAAAUUGGACAAAUCUUACGAUUAAUAGAUCAAUCAAUUGAUUUUAAUAAAAAAGAUCUAUUUGAUUUGAUCCAACUCUUAUAAAACAAGAUUAAAUAGAUUCUCAAUAUGGAUGAAGAAGAAAAGAUGGAUGAACAUCGAACCUUAAUUACUAGUCUCAAGGCUGAAUUAGGAGAAAUCAAAUUACUUAGAGCAUAAUUAUCAAAAAUCUACUAAGAUUAUGAUUAAUAAAUUAAUAGAAAACCAGUAGAUACAUCCGUUGAUUCAAAAAUGAAUGAACUUAAUCUAUAAAUCUUGGGAAUCAAAUAGGAGAAAUUAGAAUUAAAUGAGUUGACAACUAAAUUGCAAAAUUAAUUGGCAUCUAAAGAUCAAAUCAUCAAUGAAUUGCAAUCAAAAUUAAAUAAUUUAUCCCAAACGGAUACUCUUAGAAAACAAUCACAAUUUGUACGAUCCUUACAAACUAAUUCCAUGAUUGAUCUAAAAAUAAUCAAAGAAUCCCUUAAACAAAGACAAGAAGGAAUCAAAAAAACAUUUAAAUCCUAAAAUUCCCCUUAAAGUAGAUCUCAUAAUCCAUCACCAACAUUAAAAUUUUUGAAUUCUCCCAAAAAUUCUAAUAAUGGCUCAAAUGCUUUGAAAAAAUAACCAUAAUAAGAUACUAGACAAUAAUUCUAUAACAAGACUUCAGAAUUUAGUGUUGAUAAUAGCUCUUCUCAUCAAGCCACUAAUCACAAUAAUAACAGUUCACAUCAGAACAGCGAAAUCAUUUAAAAACUCGUUGAGUAAUUCAAAGGGAACUCUGCUUUGGCCCAAAGAAUAUCAAGUUAUUCAAAAAAGAAUUGA